ACUUGAAUAGUGCUCUCUGUUACUCUGACACACUGACUCGCUGAGCAGCUCUUGAUUUUCUUACAGGAAGGAUACAAAACCAUGAACACACUAGGCUGUAGUAGUCUUCUACUAUAGAGUUGGGGUGUGAAGAUAACAUUGUUUGAUAUGAUGCAUUCAUUGUUUUGUAGGAGGAUAAUUCAGCUGUGAUUGUCCCAAAAUGAUCAGAUUAUUUUCCUGUCUUGGUAGUAUGGCAGUGUAAGUAAUUACACUACACCCCUCUUAAGUGCUUAAGUCUUCCACAUGCUUUGCAUUAUUUAUUUACAAAUAAGGAUAGCCUAUGCACCAUAGCAUAACAGGUGAUAAAACUUUGUGGUCCUGACUUUAAGAUCAUAUCCGAAAGACAGUCCUGUGAUCCCAGUUUUAUCAUCAGCCCAUCAGAACAUAACAACAUAACUAACUGAUGAUCACUCAGAAAUCACGAAGACCCACAUGUGCCUGUUUCUUUUGACAUUUCUUGAUUUUUUCUGACAUUUUAUAACCUGUAAAUGUGUGUCAACAUUUAUCCUUCUGAUCUUCGUCGCAUGUGCAGUCCAUUCCACAAAGUCCACGACCAUUCUUUCCACGUGGCUCUUUCUCUGCUCCUUUAAAAGUAUCAGAAAGGAAGAAAGGGGAGGCAGGGAGGCGACCGUACGAAUACAAUGAUCUCUGAAACAGUGGAAGACAAUCCGAAGGCUGAUUAUCUGCGAUAUAAAGCGAGUUAUUGUUCAGACUCUUCCGUGUCCUCUCCCUCUGAAGCCGCGCAGCUCAGCAGACGGAGGGACACCCAAACCACCAGCGGUAGCAUCCAUCCCCUGGUCUCCUCAUCCGCAGCGGCCGACUGCAUGAUGACAUCGGGGGAGUUCGUUCAGACCGCUCCCCUUCUGGCGCACAAAUCUAAGAGGAGCCUGCUGUACAAGGCGCUCUGCUUCCUUUUACUUACCUUCCAGGGCGGCAUCCUUGACUUCUACCUCAUCAUCUUCACCGACCUGUACUGGUGCUCAUGGAUAGCCACGGACCUGGUGGUGAUCUCAGGUUGGGGGAUUUUCUUCGUGAAGAACGCGCGGAGCAAGAGGGAGCGGGCCUGUGGCUUCCAUCAAAAGAGCUCAAUUUUCGGCUGCAAUCUCGGGGAGUUCACUUAUGCCUACUUGGCCUGGCUCAUUUAUGUCAUCGCCUGCACCCCUAAGGUGGUGCUCAUUCUGGAGACGUCCAUUCUGGACCUGAUCGCGCUGAAGGUCCCGUGCGGAGUGACCGGCUUCAAAAUCAUCAUGCUGCUGUCUGCACCACUGCUCCUCUGUCUCAUCAACUCCAUCAUCGAGGAUAUUAACGGGUCUACGCGGCACCACUCCCAGAGUUGCUUUAUGAGCACCUGUCUAGACCUGCUGGACAGUUUCACGCUUGUGGAAAUGCUGCUAAGGAACGAGAUCCCCACGGUGUACUUGAAGUACACCGUCAUCUCCGUGUAUUUUGUGGCUCUCGUCGUGCCGGUGGUCUGGCUGUAUGAGCUGACCGCCUCGGAGCUGCGGUGCAGCUGGCUGUGGGCCCGCUUCAUCACGGGCCUGGUGGUCAACGCACCGCUGCUGGUGGUCAGGUGUUUUCAGGUGUAUGUCUACAAGAUGCCGGUGUCGGUGUUCAUGUUCAAAAACAUCUUCUUCUUGGUGUGUAAACUGCUGGAGCUGGUGGAACAGUGUGUGGCGUUUAGGGGGGUCCGGAGACUGGCUGGAGCCAGCAACCCGGCCCAGUUCUCCCACUGCGUGUCCGAGAACGACAUGUGUCCGCGGGGAUAUGUCAACACCUUGGCCGUCACUCAGUCGUAGAGCCCAGAAUGAGUAUAUGGUUUAGGCUGUAUAAAUAUAUUAUAGGUAAACAGGCCUAAAUGAGGAAAGGAAUUAUCCAGAGUAAAGAGUACAAGUUAGGCUGCGUCUAAGGAUGAGAUAUUCCACUUUUAACACAGUGGCCAAGCCUGGAUUAACCCGCUCCAGACGGCUCUUACAAAGAGGCACCAGCAUUAUGCCACACCAAUAAAAAUACAUUAUUUAAAAAGUCGACUCAUUAAUAGAUUAAUUAGUUAAUCAACGAAUCGGAUUAAUAUAUCGAUUGAUUAAUUAGUCGUUAUUUUUUUUUAAUCGAUUUUAUGUUUCAGUCUGCACAUCUUUCAGUUGCAGUGUAUUGUUAACUCUGGACAAUCCAACCGGAAUCCGGAACACAUUGGUUCCACUCUAAAACAAAAGCAUCCGUGUGCCCUUUUACUUACCUGCGUAAACUAGACCUCCUAUGUGAAAAUUUUCUAUAACUUUAAAAAUGUGAUCCUAAACUGAAUUACAUCCAUCACUUAAGUGUUGGGGUAAAGUUAAAUCUAAAAUGUGCCAAGAUCUAAAUAAUAAUAAUAAUAAUAAUAAUAAUAAUAAUAAUAAUAAUAAGAAUAGAAUUUGACAAAUUACAUGAAAAAUAUCUCCACAAGGCAGCUAAUUAAGGUUGCAUGGAGUUCUGUCAGGACUGGCUUUGAUUCAGUUCUUGUGACAGUAAAUACUUUUAGCUCCACACAUUUUCGUCUGUAUUUUGUUUGUUUGUUUGUUUUUCUUUUUUUCAGUCAGGUAUAAAGUAUGACCACUAUUUUAUGUAACUAAUUCUGCAAUAUACAAGAUCAUCCAUUCAUCAGAUUUUCAACUACUUUAAAUUCUGUAAAUCCAGUAAACUCAAUAAGCAGCCUCAAGGUAAAACUAAGGAAGUACUUGUAGGUAUACACUGACACUGCUCCAAUUUCUUCAGAUGCCCCCAGCUAUGAUAUAUAAAACAUCAAGAACUACUUUCAGGCCUCUGUCAAUUUGCAGUUCAUUUUACCAAUCAGAUUACCAAAAUGGUAAUAGAUGUGUGAGUCGUUGUGUUUAAUUUUGGUGAAUUUAAUAAUUUCAUAACAAAAAGAAUAUAAUAAUUUCUUGAUUCAUUAUUACAAGCUGUCAGUCUGUUGUUACUGUAUCGGAAUGAUGUCAGAUAACUGCAUAUCUGUAUGCUUGGCACUCACUCAAAUUUCAGAGGUUUCUACUUGGAAUUCCACAUAAUAACUGAAUGGAUUUUACAGUUUUUGGCCAAGUCUGGUGCCAUCUGUACAAUGCUCAUUCUUUAGACCAAUCUACAGGUGCUACUGUUGGAUCCAGCCUCUGCAAUACUGUUCAACAAACGGAGGUUUAACGUUAUUGGACUGUGUUGAGUUAUAGCUGUUUGGUUUGUGUGUUUCAAUGCUAUAUCUGACUGGAACACAGAGAGACAGCAGCUGGACUAUGUGUUGUGCUGAGUGCAAUUUGAACCUGCUCAACCUAUUUACAGUGUUUUCUAUUAAUGACAGUGUUGUCCACUGGUCAGUGUUGGUUCCAAAAACUGUAUGUGGUACUUCAGUAGAUGAGUGUAAGUUAAUAUCCUGCUUACAGACCCAACAGUGCCAUGACAAAUACAUUUUCAAAAGUCCUUUUUAAACAGACCUUUGGCCAACAGAAGUUCUGUGGUUCCCUGGCUGUGCUACUGAUUUUUUACUUCUGUCGCUUUUUGAAUUGUGAGUCUUAAAAGUUCACGGGCUACAGCUCACUGCGAUAUCUUUCAUUUUAAGGGCUGUCGGCCAGUGGAUCACAGGCCUAACUCACAAUUUCUUUUGCAAAAAAAAAAAAGAAAAAAGCACCCUUUAAUCCUUUCAUACGCCUGGAGUAUUCCAAAACCUUAUACAAAGUACACAGAAAGGGCCAGCAGAGUGACAAGACAAGAGAAGAAGAACAGUUCUGAGGAUAUUAGAUUAGAUUCAACUUUAUUGUCAUUACACAUGUACAGGUACAGAGCAAAGAAAUGCAGUUUAGCAUCUAACCUGAAGUGCAAUAAGAAGUACGUGCAUGUAGCAUAAAUAGCGAUAUGGUUUUAUAGCAUAUGGACAAUAUUUACAGAUGAAAUCUAUGUACAGGUGAGACCACAUAUACAGGUCAGUGAGCAAAACAUAUUGACUGAGGUACUAUGGACAUAUUAUACAGAUGGACUUGUGCAUUAAAAGUAAGUAGACUAUAAACACAAACUAUAAUUUAUACUAGAGAAAAUGGCAGAUGAUAAAUUAGGCAAUACAAAAUACAGAUAAAGGGAGCAUUAAACCGUGCAUAAAUUAUAAGCAGUAGCUACAUAAUGCCGAUUCAAUAUAUCAUGACGCAAUUAUGACAUUUAAUGUCUUUGUAGCAUCUCCCAGCAUUUUGGUUUUCUCUCUCAUCAACCAGGUUUUUGCAGGCAGCUGUUUUCAGUGAAAAGGUUUUGGUAAAGGUUUUUGAUGACCCACCGAAUGUAGUGCAAUAGUAGUGCACAUUGUUGACUGGUGUAUUUUGUAUAGGGUAUUUGUUUCUCCAAAAGAAAUAUGGGACAGCAGAUGGGAGAGAGUACUGAUGCAGUAGUGUGACAGGACUCUAAUGGAAGCAUAUUGAAAACAUCACACACGGAUCAGGCAUAAUAUUAUGACCACCUUCCUAAUAUUGUGUAGGUCUUCCUUGUGCUUCCAAACCAGUUGUGACUCAUCAGAAAAUGAACAUGGGCCUUCAGAAGGCGUCCUGUGGUGUCUGCAACAGGAUGUUGUUAGUGGGUCCUAUGACCCAAAGGGGAGUGUCUUCUGUGGAUCAUCCAACAUAUUCUUGAUCAGUUUAGGAUCUAGUGAAUUUGGAGGCCAGGUCAACAACUUGUGCUGUUUUUCAUGUUUUUUUGAGUUGAUCCAACAAUUUUUGUGUGUGUACCUGUGUCAGACUGCAUCCUGCUGGGGUUGCUGCUGCAAUCUAGGAAUGUCAUUGCUGUGGGAUGGGGUUUCUGGUCUGACCUAGGUGGGUGGUACAUGUCUAAGUAACAUCCACAUGGUUUCCAGGUCCAAACGUCUCCCAGCAGAACACUGUAUUGUUACGAGAUGGUCAAUGUUAUUUACUUCUGUCAGUGGUCAUGCCUCAUUGGUCUUAUUUACACAGUGCUCUUGAGCACUGACAUGUUGGCUGAAUGAUAAUAUUGUUGUGUCUGUAUGUGUAACUACAUUCAGCCAGACAGAACUGCAGGAAUUUAAAGCACAGAAUUGAGGGAAAGGUUGGCUCAGAGAGGCAGGUAAAUAAUUACUAGAUGGAAGUAGUGACGUAAAAGCUGAGGAUGGACUGAUUUUGACAGUCAGAUGAUGAAAUAGAGCUGCAGAAAUAGCCCACACUUAGCGGAGAUGUAACAAAUUGCGAUGGAUUGGCUCUUCCAUAUUGAAUUUUCAUUUUAGCGUCAUUGCUGGGACUCAGUCCCUCUACCCCAAGGUGGCAUACAAACUAUGGUAUUAUUUUAGUAACUGUGGAAGGCAUACUGGGAGACACUGAGUGACACUACUGCACUUCCAGAUGGUGUGCAAGAUCAACAGUACUCAUUUGGAUCAUUGUUGUAAAAAAUGCUUUGCGCAGUGGCUGCAUGUGGCUUCUCCAAAGAGUGGUCUGAAUUUAUUCUCCUCAUGACAGGCUAGGGUAAUAGUUUCCUCCUUUAGUUAUUAUGUUAUGUUGGGCUUGAUGGCCGUCUAUGUACAGGAUACAUAAAGAUGAUAGAACAAGUUAAAACAGUCAAAUGACAGAAUAGUACCUGUUAAUGACAGAGGUGAUUCUAUACUUCCACCCAUUAACCUUUUUUAUUAACAUUUUUCUUAUUACUGCUAAAGAAUUUGCAUUAAUGAUGACUUAGAUCCAUUAAGUACCCUUGUGAGCAUGCCAGCGAUACGAUCAUCCUUUGUCAGGUCUCUUUGUGACUCAUCAAAGUAUAUCAGAUAAUUAUAUACGACAGAAGUCAUGGCGUUGUCCAAAAAGUGAUUUUAGUGCCUUUUGCUUGCUUGUUGGGAUUGAGGGUUAUGUGAAUAGAAUAGGAUGACAAAAUAACAUCAAUGACCAGGUUGUGUUGACUGCUUGUCAAGUUUCAAACCCAGAUUCUAUAGAUCACAAAUACUUAUUUAUAGCGUUACCUUUCCUGGCAGCCAAAACUUUCCCAUGAUUUCAGUACAGCUUUAAAUUAAAAUUUGCUUACUCCACACUUGCUAAACAGGUUAAGUUACACUUCUUUGGUAAUGCACCUUUAAGAGUGGAUUGAUUUGAAAAGUCUGCAAUGUGCUCCAUGUGGGUGGUAGUACGUGUACCGGAAAACAGACAAUGAACAGUUACAAUUUAGGCUGGCAAAACAUGACUUAAGUUGUGUCAACAGUUUGGGAAGUGUAUUACUUUGUUCGGACGAGCCCCUGUGCUUAUGUACAGCAAUGUAAGGAAUCAGGAGUUCCUCUCCCCCUGAAAAACACGCUAAUGUUUGUUGCUUAUUAUAUUUUGUAUUUAAGAUGUUAUAUUUUAUACUAUUUUGCAUUAUUUCUAUGUGCUAGUUGUAUCAGACAAUUAUGUAUGCAAUGCAGUUUACAAUCUUUCUUUGAAUUUGCACAUGGAGCUUAUCACAAAGUUCAUUCACAGGCAAGACCAUACACGUAUAUUUACUUUUACCCUGCACGAAGAAGCACAGUGAACAACACAGAAUCUACCAAAGGAUAUCAUGGACAUGGAUAUUGAAAGGAGUCAAUCAUGCUACACAGAUCCAAAUGAUUUUCUUCAUCUAUAGCCUUGGUGCAAUGAAAAACAGUUUGUCCAAUAUGACCACUGUCAUAUCUUAUGAUAUAUAGGCUGUUUUAUAUUUUGUUUUUAGAUAGAACUUUACCUGUACUGUAAAGCUGUGUGGUGUAUAUCUGUACUGAUAUAAUACAAUCUAUGUACUGUAGAUGUGCGAUAUAAGUAUUAUGUGGUUGAAACAAGGGAUUCAGUCAGAUGAAGGUGCUGUAUUAUUUAUUAUGGAGUCUUUUAUAACAAAUGUUCAGCUUGAAACAAAGAGAAGUGCUGUUAAAGAAAACACACUGAUAAGAAUGUUGUAUACGGAGAGAAAAAACAGCAAAUUAAAAUGGAAACCCAAAACUUCUGACUUUGUUGUCAGUCCCUCAAA